AGAGCAUUUUCGGGCUCCGGCCGGCGCGCAUGCGCAGCAGCCCGCGUGGAAGCCGGACCUUGACCUGCGUCCUUCUGGGGCGCGGCCACAGGUGAUCGUGGAUUUGUCUCCUAGUCAUGGCUCUCCCCCCUCCUCCACCGCAGUUUGUGCUCCGAGGUUCCCAGUCAGCAGUAAAUACCUUGCAUUUCUCCUGCAGAAAAGAGGCCCAAAGCCCCCCGCUGCUGUUCUCUGGGUCACUCAGUGGACUGAUACAUGUCUGGAACCUGCAGACUCGAAGAGCAGACACCAUCCUGGAUGGCCACGCGGGGCAGUCUGUGUAUUGGGUGAAGGCUCUGGAAGAUCAACACCUACUCCUCAGCCAAGGACGAGACCUCAAGUUGUGUCUGUGGGACCUCGCAGAGGGCAGAAAUGCCCCAGUGGAUUCCCUGUCCCUGGACAGUGUAGGCUUCUGUAAAGGAUCCGUCCUCACCGAAGGGACCCAAGGAUGUUGGCUUCUGGCGGUGCCUGGGAAGGGCAUGGAUGAGGUUCAGGUUUUGGACGUGCCGUCCAAGACGUCAGUCUGUACCUUGAAGCCAGAGGCCGGUGCCAAAGCAGGCAUGCCCAUGUGCCUGGAGCUGUGGAAGCCUGCCUCCAGCUCCGGUCCACUCCUCCUGGCUGGCUAUGAGGACGGCUCGGUCAUCCUGUGGAACGUCUCUGAGAGGAGAAGCCUGAGUCGGCUUUCUUGCCACAAGGAGCCAGUCAUGAGCCUUGACUUUGACUCCAGAAGGGCCAAGGGGGUGUCGGGCUCAUCGGAGAAGGUGCUCUGUGUCUGGAGCCUGGAUGAGCAGCAGAACCUGAAGGUUUGCAGAACUCGGGAGCUCACCAAUCCUGGGAUAGCGGACGUCGCCAUCCGGCCAGAUGGGAAGAUCCUGGCGACGGCGGGCUGGGAUCAUCGCAUUAGGCUCUUUGGCUGGAAGCAGCUGAAGCCGCUGGCAGUUUUGGACUACCACAGCGCAGCUGUUCACUGCGUGGCCUUCUCUGAUCCUGGACGGCCAAGCGAGCAGCUGCUGGCCAGUGGCUCCAAGGACCAGCGCAUCAGUGUCUGGUCAGUGUAUAACCAGACCUGAGAGGAGCCCCUUGUGGGCCCUUCCUUAGUCAGCAGCUCAGCAAGGGCCUCCAGGAGCAGCUAUGAACAGGGGCUGGACUUGGCUUGGCAGUGGUUUGUUUCUCUUUAUAAAAUACCUUAGGUCCAGAUGAGGUCCCACAAGACACUUAGCCUGGUAGAGAAAGAUCUCUUUCUACCUGUGUCUCAUUUCCAAGAUACAUAAGAAACUGAUUGAAAUUUCUAAGAAUAAAAGUCAUUCCCCAGUAGAUAAAUAGUCAAAGGAUAUGAAUGGCCAGUUUCCUAAGUAGGAAACUAAGCUAUCAAUAAAAUGCUCCAAGUUACUGAUAAUUAAAGAAGUGCAAACUGAAGCAACAGUAAGGUUCUAUUUCACACCCACCAGAUUGGCAAAGUUGACAAAGAAAGAAAAUAAUAAAUACUGUUGGGCCUGUGGGAAAGCAAAUGCAUUAAUGCGCCAUUGUUGGAGCAAUGAAUUGAUUCUCCCAUUCUGGAAAGCAAUUUGGAACUACAUCCAGAGGUUACUAAACGAGGAAUUCCUUUGACCCAAUGAUGACCGCUAUUAGGCCUGUGCUCCAGAGGGAUCAGAAAUGGAUCCAAAUGUACAAAAAUAUUUGAAGCAGCUUUUUUUUCUGGGGGCAAAGAACUGGGAACUGUGGUACAGUUACUCAUCAGUUGGGGAAUGGCUGAACAAUUUCUGAUACGUCGAUGUGAUGGAACGCUCUUGUGCUAUAAGACUAAGGUAUAGUUCCAGAGAAACUUGGGAAAAUUUGCAUGAACUGAUGCAGAGGGAAGGGGGUAGAACCAGGAGACCAAUGCAUACAGUAACAACAUACAGUAAUGUCAGACAACAGAAACGCUCAGAGACUGAUGAAACAGGUCUCAUGACGAAAGAUGCUGCUGACCUCCAGAGAGAGCUGAUGGACCUGUGGUUUUUGUACACAAUCAAUACGGGGAUUUGUUUUGCUUGCCUAAGGAUUUUGUUUUUCCUGCUGGGGCAGGGGAGGUGGGAGAGAGAAGAGAUAGAUUUUUGUUAAAUGGAAAAUAAAUUUUACC